CCACCCCCUGGACAGGCUGGAAGCCAGAGCCAGGCCAGGGAGCUCAGGCCACUGUGGGGAGACUUGGACCCUUCACCUGCCCGGGGGCCCAAGAGGAGCCCUUGGACCAUGUCCCCUCCCCCCAGGGCACAUUGUCCAGGGCAGGUGGAGUGUCGAGCUCCUCCCAGGGGCCAGGCUGGCUGGCUCUUACUAGGGCCUGGCUCCAGCUUCCAACCUGGCCUGCGGGUGGGGCCUUGGGAGGGAGGAGGUGGAGGAGAAGCAGGUUGUGGGGCCCUGUGGUGAGGGGGAGGGGCUCAGGCCCACCUCAACCCCCCCACUGGAAAGAGGCUGGUGCUGCUAGCAGGGGCUUUGCGCCUGCCUAAGACUACGCCGCCCAGGCUCAAAAGUGAGCGCCAGGCCUGGCCCUCCUUUAAAAAUGUGUGUGUGUGUGUCGAGGGGGGUGGGGUGCAUGGCUCCCGAGGAUUUCCCCAGUUCUUGGGCCCCGGGGGAGCAGGGGCCCAGGGUAAAUACAUAAAUCUGAAGCCACCUCUGCCUCGGGGUUGACGCCAGGCAAAUAUUAAAUAAGAGGGAGACUGGAGUCACCUCUCCACAGCCUCGGUGCAUGGGCAGUUUCUGCUCCCCGGCCUGUUUCCCUGUAAACGUCGCCUGCCCCAGCCACGCCUUGGAAAGAUGCCCGCCCUGCACCCCCAGGCAAUUGUCCUCCGGGCUGCAGAUAGUUCGGCACCCGCCAGCAUCCCUCCCGGCUCGAUGUGCCCAUUUUAUAGGGGCCCUCCCGAUUUUGGGAUCUUUUUCUUAUAUACUAACAAUAAUACCUAGCUGGGCACCAACCCACUGCAUUUGCCUCUGCAUCGCUCUUUUGUGGGCAGGGGGCCACAAAAUUUCCCCCCCCUCCUUUUACCCCCCCUCCAUUACCCCCCACCCCCGUCCUGAUUUUUCACAUUUGCUGCCUGGUCACCCGACUCCCUGCCCUCCCGAUCUCUGCAGACCGAGCACCCCCGGCCCCCGCCCGGUGCGGCUGCCAGCUCUGCCGGCGGCUGCGGGGAGAGACGGGUUAAAGGGCUUAACUUCCUCCUCUGCCUCCUGCCGCGCUCCGGUGACGCCGCUUGCCGCCGGGACUUGACCAAGUAUGUCUGUUUCCCACUGAGAGACAGACAGACGGACGGACGGACAAGCCUCGCCGGCAGGGGGAGGCUGCGGAACCCAGGCGUCCGGCUCCGAGCGAUCCCUGCUGCCGCGCGGCUCAUCAUGCCCUUCCGAAAAGCCUGCGGGCCGCAGCUUACCAAUUCCCCCACUGUGAUCGUUAUGGUUGGCCUUCCAGCUCGGGGGAAGACUUAUAUCUCCAAGAAGCUGACUCGCUACCUCAAUUGGAUUGGCGUCCCAACAAAAGUUUUCAACGUGGGAGAGUAUCGCCGGGAGGCGGUGAAGCAUUACAGCUCCUAUGACUUCUUCCGCCCCGACAACGAGGAGGGCAUGAAUGUCCGGAAACAAUGUGCCUUAGCCGCCUUGAGAGACGUCAAGUUGUACCUGUCGGAGGAAGGUGGCCAGAUCGCGGUUUUUGAUGCUACCAACACAACAAGGGAGAGAAGAGGAAUGGUCUUAAACUUUGCCAAAGAAAAUGGGUUCAAGGUGUUCUUCAUUGAAUCUGUUUGCAAUGACCCAUCCGUGGUUGCCACCAAUGUUAUGGAAGUUAAAUUGUCCAGCCCAGAUUAUAGGGACUGCAACUCUGCUGAUGCCAUGGAAGACUUUAUGAAGAGAAUCAAUUGUUACCAGGCCAGUUACCAGCCGCUUGACCCAGAUAACUAUGACAGGGAUGUGUCUCUGAUCAAAGUGAUUGACGUUGGCCGGAGGUUCCUGGUGAACAGGGUCCAGGAUCACAUCCAGAGCAGGAUUGUCUAUUACCUAAUGAACAUCCACGUCCAGCCGCGCACCAUUUAUCUCUGUCGACACGGCGAGAGUGAAUUCAACCUCAAAGGGAGGAUUGGAGGCGACUGUGGACUCUCCAAUAGGGGCAAGAAGUUUGCCAGCGCAUUGAACAAAUUUGUUGAGGAGCAGAACCUGAAGGACCUCAAAAUCUGGACCAGCCAACUCAAGAGGACAAUCCAAACGGCGGAAGCCCUCAAGCUGCCCUAUGAACAGUGGAAGGCGCUCAACGAAAUUGAUGCUGGUGUAUGUGAAGAGAUGACUUACGAAGAGAUCAAGGCGCAGCACCCGGAGGAAUAUGCUUUACGCGAUCAGGACAAGUACUAUUACCGCUACCCUUCUGGAGAGUCAUACCAAGAUCUGGUGCAGCGCCUGGAGCCAGUCAUCAUGGAGCUGGAGAGGCAGGAGAACGUCCUUGUGAUCUGUCACCAGGCUGUGAUGCGGUGCCUUCUGGCUUAUUUCCUAGACAAGAGCGCGGCUGAAAUGCCCUACCUGAAAUGCCCCCUUCACACGGUGCUGAAGCUGACACCUGUGGCCUAUGGUUGCCGAGUGGAGUCCAUCUGUCUGAACGUCGAAGCGGUGAACACCCACAGAGACCAGACAGAGGAAGCAAAGAAGGGACCUAACCCGCUCAUGAGACGUAAUAGUGUUACCCCUCUAGCGAGCCCAGAGCCCACCAAAAAACCGCGCAUCAACAGCUUUGACGAGCAUGUGGCUUCUUCUGCUGCUGCCCUGCCAGUCUGUAUGCCCCAAGAGGUGCCCACGCAGCUGCCUGGACAAAACAUGAACAGCUCCCAGAAGCAAUCGUGAUUUCUUCAGGGCCGUUGGAAGCCUACAGAUGAUGCCGACCCCAUUUCAUCGUCAUUUCUGAUGUUUGCUUGUAUCGUACUCCUCCAUUCGACUCCAAGGUUGCCCCUUGGCUGCUUCUACCACAGCUGUUCAUCUGCCGACUGGACUGGAUUGAGCUGGGGGAGGGGAGAGAGAGAGAAGAGCUCAUCAGCCUGGAAAAAGUGGAUUCAACAACAGAUCCAUAGGCCAUCUCUUUGUGUGUCUCCUUGGGUGUUUGAUAUAUCUUAGCAAGCUGUAAAGUGCUUCUAGUGCACUGAGUUUCUGGACUUUGUUUUUGUGUAUAAGUGACAUGACCUUGCAGGGAUGGCUGGUACUGCCCCGUCUCCUCCCGUUCGUGUGUGUAUAUAUGUGGAGGAGGCAGGGUGAGCAGAGAAAUGCAAAAGGGGAGGGGUGUCUUUAACUCCUCCAUGCACCGGACACUCCUUAUUGGUACCAGCGAUGGCCUGUGACACGCACGCAGCCAGUCUCUUCAGGGCACGUGACCUGAGGGCAGAGACAGUUGGGCAACAUCUUUGGCUGUUCAAGCCGAACUCUACGGCCGCUUUUAACAAAACAAUCUUACAGCUCUGUAAAUAUCAGAGGGAUCUGCCGAGUGUGUACGUCUGCUUCGGAAACAAAUGGAAUCUGCAUUUAGCCUCGACCUGAGAUGCGCUGCCUGAGGGGAGAUGGUUUGAGCCACUUGCUGACUUGACAUGGCAGUGAGGCUUGGAUUGGGGGGGAAGCCCCACUUUGCUGUUGUUUGGAUUAGGUUGGGGGAGGGGAGGAGCACAGGCCUGUGUGACCCAAGAGGCGUUUCCUUGUAAUUAAUCUCCACACCCUCUACUUCCCAGAGGUUUUUACCCUGUGCUUGAGCAGGAUUUACUGUUCUAAAGUAGGUGGCUAGGCUAGGUUAGGUGGGUUUGGCAGACACACAGCCCUCUUGGGAUUGCAUCGAGGUCUGUCUGUGAAGAGCAAGUUCUUUUUUGUGUGUGUGUGUGGAAAAAUCCACAAUCAGAGGCAUUUAAACAAUAGUUUCUUUUUAUAAACUGCUUGUUUUUGCACUUUACAUGUGGCAGGGGUGUGCUCCCCCCCCCAUCCUGCCUCUUACAGAUGAAGCCUAGAUACUUGGAUGCUGUACUGCGUGAGCUGAAAGAUGAAGACUGCAAAGCAGUGGGUAGUUACAGUGUUAGCUGUGGAGAGGGGAGGAGGGUGGGUGUGAGGUACUAAUUUAUGGACUAGUUGUAGGGACUGGCCAACUUCCAGUUGUUCUGUAUGCGAGUCUCUUCUUGGCCGUCUGUUCUGUGCUUCAAGUUAAGGGAUUUAAACCCAAGAAUAACCACUACUGUGUCAUUUGUGCAGAAGUUUGUGUGCCCGUGUGCGCUUGUAUUAUCCUUGUACAGCAUUUUCUCCAGCCCGGCCUCACUCCAGAAACGGGGAGAGGAGGAGAAUAUUGAAGUAGUGUCUCAUUUUUUCCCUUGGCCUGCCAAGCCCUAAAUCUUGGCUAGUCCCCGUGCUCUCUUUUGACCCCGCCGCACGCUCUCUCCGGUGCGCGAGCGCUGAGCCAAAAAGCCGAGUGGAGCUCAAGCAAUACGUUAUUGUCUUAACGGUUUAAAGUGCAGAGGAGGUACCGUACAGUCCAUUAGCAAAGUGGGCGGGGUCCUGAGCUGUCAGCAUGGUACUGGGGAGUUCUCCAUUCUUGUUCGUUUUAUUUCUUUAUAUUCAUUCUUGCUUCAGGUAACGGUUAGUAGGUGAGGUUCCUGCAGAUGGGAGCAGAAAGGCUCUGGUGGAAUGUGGUUAUUUCUUUGGCAAGGUGAACCGCAGUGCCUAGUGCUUUAGUCUUGCACAGUGAAAAUGCUUUGUACAUUUGUACCUUUUAAAGCAGCACCAGGGAAGGGCUGGUAGUGGCUCUCUCAGCCCAUAUCCGACCAUUGAAGAUAUUUUUAUUGGUGAUCUGCCAAUGUGAGGUUUGUUUAUAUACAGCUAUUCUUGUAAUGAUGAAGUGGAAGAUUUUUGUUUUUGAAUAGCUGAUAAAUCCAGAGUUCCCUUUUUGCCUGCGUGUUUUAUGUCUGCCAUUUAGUUUCAUUCGUUUUAGAGAGACUAAUUGUUAGAGAGUGAGUGACCUAUCUUUUGAACUGCUUCCUGAGGAGCUUAACUUUCUCCCCCUGCUACGGAAAGAUAACGCAGCAAACGCAAACAUUAGGGCCCGUGAUCCAUUUUACACACACCCAAACUUCAGAACAAACUUUAUCUCCGGUUCUGAAAAUAACUUCAUAUUGGUGGGGCCUACAAAAAAUAAUGUUAAUCUGUCUGAAAAGGAGUGUGUUUACUUGAAAGGGAAAGUGGUGGAAUAUCGCUUGAAACCAAUCCCCCGAUGCAAAGAGGAGGGAGUUAGGCGGGCAAAGGGGCUUCCUGGGAUUGGUUCUCUGUCCAUCGUGUUCCCCUGGAAACCUGACACCAAUUCUAGAGCAAAUAUUGGGCAUGGGCCGUGCCAUUAUAAGACAGGGUGGGUGGGCAGAAGGGGCUGCUUGAACCACACCAGUGACUUCGUUCGUUUGUUUGUUUUGUGAGACUUGAAUUUAUUUUUUUAUAAUUUUGAUAGCGAAGUGCUGUUUAUUUAUUUAAUGUAUACUGCAGAGCUUGGAGAGAAGGGUAGGUCUUUUGGGGUUUAUUUUAUUUUGACUUGUGAUAUGUUACUUGUAUUCUGUAUAUAUGUCUGGAAUAAUUGCCUGAGAUGAAAGCUGUGCCAGUUUAAGAACAGGGUAUGCCUUUCAGAAAUUUGUAUAUUUUGCAGUUGCUGGACCAAUAAAAUACCUUGUUGAAAUAUA